CUCUUAUUUAAACCAAACGCCUCUCUCUUAAGAAAUCUCCAAAUCCUUUUUUUGUCAAUCACUUUUGAUUCAUCGUCUUCUUCGAUUCUAAGAGGUGUUUUUUGUUUACAGGACCUGCGAGUGGGGAACCAAAGAAUCGAAUUUUGAAGCUUUCUUUUAUGUCUGACAAGAUAUCUCCGUUUUGUUGUCGAUCUGGUUGCUUGGAAAACACUGUCCUACAUCCAGAAUUAAGGACUACUAGUUCUUCCAUCACUUUAGUCUCUCGCAUCUUUAAACCGGAGACCCCUCCCCUCUCUGACCAGUUUUUCAGCUAAAAAGAAAAGACAAACUUUCCAAGAUGGCGCUGCAGAACAUUGGUGCUUCCAACGCUAACGAUGCCUUCUACAGGUACAAGAUGCCUAAGAUGGUUACCAAGACUGAAGGCAAAGGUAAUGGCAUCAAGACCAACAUUAUCAACAAUGUCGAGAUUGCCAAGGCCUUGGCCAGACCUGCUUCUUACACCACCAAGUACUUUGGCUGUGAGCUUGGAGCCCAGUCCAAAUUUGACGAGAAGACUGGGACAUCCCUUGUUAAUGGAGCACACAACACGUCCAAGCUUGCUGCUCUUCUCGAGAAUUUCAUUAAGAAGUAUGUCCAGUGCUAUGGAUGUGGAAACCCUGAGACCGAGAUCAUUAUCACAAAGACGCAGAUGGUCAAUCUCAAGUGUGCUGCUUGCGGGUUUAUCUCUGCCGUUGACAUGAGGGACAAGUUGACUAAUUUCAUCCUCAAGAACCCACCAGAGCAGAAGAAGGGAGCUAAGGACAAGAAAGCAAUGAGGAAAGCUGAGAAGGAGAGGCUUAAAGAAGGCGAGGCAGCUGACGAGGAGCAGAGAAGACUGAAGAAAGAGGCUAAGAAGAAGGCACUUUCUAACGGGAAGGAUGCUUCUUCUAAGGCGUCCAAGAACCAUUCCUCUGAUGAGGAUAUAAGCCCCAAGCAUGAAGAGAAUGUGCAGGAGGUGGAUGAGGAUGAAGACGAUGAUGAUGGUGUCCAGUGGCAAACCGAUACUUCCCGAGAAGCUGCUGAGAAAAGAAUGAAAGAACAGUUGAGUGCUGCAACUGCUGAAUUGGUGAUGCUUACUGCUUUAGAGGCAGAAGAGAAGAAGGAGGCUGAGAAUCCUCAGCAAGAGGAGAAGAAUCUUGUGCAGGAGAUGAAAGAGUAUCUUAAGAAAGGGUCACCAAUAAGUGAGCUCAAAAGUUUCAUCUCCUCUCUCUCUGAUCCUCCACAGGAUGUCAUGGACGCACUCUUCAAUGCUCUCUUUGAAGGCGUGGGCAAGGGAUUCGCCAAAGAAGUGGCAAAGAAGAAGAAUUACAUAGCGGCUGCAGCAACAAUCCAAGAGGAUGGAUCACAGAUGCAUCUUCUCAGUUCAAUCGGGACAUUCUGUGGAAAGAAAGGGAACGAAGAAGCGGUGAAAGAAGUGGCUCUGGUUCUAAAAGCAUUGUACGACCAAGACAUCAUUGAAGAAGAGUUUGUGUUGGAAUGGUACAACAAGGGUCUGACAGGAGUCGAGAAAAGUUCGCCGGUUUGGAAGAAUGUUAAGCCUUUUGUGGAGUGGCUCCAGAGCGCUGAGUCCGAGUCCGAGGAGGAGGAUUGAGACAUUAUUUUUCUUUUCCCCUUGACUGUGUUCUUUUUUUUUUUUUUUUUUUUUCUGGUUGUUGCGGGAUUUCUCAUAAAUUAUUCGUCGUCAGUUAUUUUAUCAGACUUCUCUUUUUUGGGCAUAUCUUGUUUUUAUUACAAUCUAUAUAUCUCUGCGGACUUAUUGGGUGAUAUAUAAAUAUAUGUUUGCGAUU